AUGUAUAACGCCACGUCCCUUAAACCGGAUGGCGCUAAACACGAUGACGAACUAAAAUACCCACAACAGCUUCCCUCAGCAUUGCAACAAUCGCAGUAUACGCUACAACAGCUGCCACAGCAAUUGCACCAACCUUUGCAACACCCGCAAACCUUCUCAUUUCAGCUAUUGCAACAGCCAUAUCAGCGGCAACAACUGCAACCUCAACAACCACAGUUUCAGCAAGGGCUAUACUUUCAACGACACCAACCGGUACUACCUUCACUCUUAUCCCAGCAGCAUCAACAGCAGCAAUCGGGUCCACUCUAUCCUCAAGAUCAGCCACCACCUUUGUCAGGCGAUCCAUCUCUUCCAAUUUCGAGGCCACCAGAGGAGGGCAUUGACACUUUGUCACGUCCGCAAGAGGUACAAUCUGUAACAAUGCGCAAAUCCAAAAGUGGCACAGAUGGGAUAAAUGAGGAUAAAAUAUGUCCGUUUUGUAACAAACAAUUCACUCUCAAGGGCUCUUUUCAACGUCACUUGGAAACUCGCAAGGGAGAUCAAUGGCACCCUGUUGAUGAGUGCAACUACUUAAAGAAUCAGCUAUCACGGAGAAAAAGCACCGAUGUUUCUAGUCUUGGGUAUGUUGGUGGUAAUGUUGGAAGUAUGAGUUCUUUGGACUCCACACCAAUGGGCAAAUCUAACUCACGUAAAAGAAGGGCUUCCAGGAAAAGCUUGGCUAGAUCACAGAUGUCGAGCGAUUUACCAAGUGGCCAAAAGGAAAAGAGCAAACUAAGGAGAAAGUUGCGUGAUCGCAGAAUCAAGGCCAAGAUCAUAACCAACGAGUGGCUUGUCAACCAGUUUACCAAGAAACCCAUGUCUGAUCUGAGACAAGCUAGCUCACCAGCCACGUUUUGCCAUUUUGUUGCCUUUUACGUUCCAGUCAGAAACUGGCCCUCGCUUACUGAAAUGCCAAGCAGUGCAUUGUGUGAUGAAGUAUUGAGUCAGUUACGUACAAUGGAGCUAGAAGAUCUUAACACAUUGUUUAUCCAAAGCAUGCAAGUUUACGAGCAAUUAGAUCCAACAGAGAAGAAACGACUUUGGCUUGAAGAAGUUCAAAACUGUCUAAACUCAUCCAUCAGUGAUUUCACCUUGUUUGAUUUGAAUAAUAUAAAAUCGAUAAUGGACAAGCGCGAGCAACUUAUUUUUGAAGGAAUUUGUGCCAAUGACAAUUUAUCAGCAUACGUUGACGCUGAUGAAAAUCCUACAUUGGGAGAGGAGGAGGAAGAAGAACACGAGGAGGAGGAAGUGGAUACUAAUGCACAACCAUCUCAACAAAUGCACAACCAUCAGUUACAACCUCCUUUUGGCUAUCCACAACAACGCCAAAGCUCACCUCCACAGUUUAAUCAGCCACCCCCCGGCCCUGCAUCUAUGCAGCAGUCGCAACAACAACAACAACAACAGCAGCAACAGGCACAACAUCCACCACCGCCACCUUCGCAUCCUUCAUUACGCUCAAACAGCUUGCCACAUAACUCGUAUCUUCAUCAUUUGCCAAACAUUCCCAAUAACGAUUACAAUGACUUCAAUUCUUCUCAUUUCUAUUAA